AUGUCGUCCUCCAACGCCGCUCAAGCGGAUCAGCAGCAGGGGUCCGACAAGAAGCAGAGGGAGACUGUCGAGGCGCCCCCGCUCGUACACCUCACCAACAAGUGGAUCCAGCAGCUCACCGGCCGCAUCCGCUCCCGCCCCAUCCCAUGGGAAGGCUACCACCGCGCCGACCUCCUCAGCGCAGAGGAGCUCAAGAUGAUCAAGUCCGUCGACGCCGUCGUCGUCGGCGGCAACCGCUCCAAGCUCGACCCCCUCCUCGACCAGCACGGCCCCGAGUACGUCUCCCUCUACCUGCGCCUCCUCUCCAAGCUCAGCCGCACCGAUACUCUCCAGCAGAUCCUCGUCCUCGUCGACGACAUGCUCGUAGGCAGGGACGAUCGCAUCGAGCUCUUCCUCUCCCUCGACGGUCAGGAGGUCCAGGACGGCGUCGGCUUCCCGUGGCGCCCGUUUGUCAAGCUGCUCGACGUUCCGGACGACUUUGUCCAGCUCAAGGCCGCCCACUUCCUCACCCUUCUCCUCGUCUUUUCGGCAUCGCGGUCAUCGCAGCCAAAGGCGACCGCCAGCGUCCUGCCCCGCCUCCUCACCUUCCUCACCUCGCUCCUGCAGGGAGCCUUGAGCCAGGUUCCCGCACAAAAGUCGGCACAGCAGACGCAGAAGCAACAACAGCAACAGCAGCAGCAGCAACAGUCGGCGUCUUCUUCCGGGCAGGGCAACAGCAACGGGGGCGACAGCGGUGAUGCCCAAGGCGGCGAAGGAGCCCCGUCGCCUGCAGCCCGGCGCCUGUCGCCCGACUAUGCCGAGGGCAACGGCCCAGAGAUUGCCCUCGUCCUCCUCGAGGCGCUGCUGCGCGCCCACUCGUACCGCAAGGAGGUGUGGAGGGAAGAGGUGAGGCGCCUCGGCAACGCCUCGAGCACAAAGGCCGGCGGCGACGGCAGCGAGGGCGACCACGGCGACGACGCGGCGGCGGCGGCGGGGAGCGAGCGGGGCCUUCUGCCGGAGCUGGUCCACAUGCUCCGCUUCAGCAUGGUGCGGCCCGACUCGGCGAGGAAUUCGAACUUUGCGUCUCCCGCUGGCUCGGGCGCCACUACGCCAUCGCGCCACACGACGGCGACGACGGCGACGAGCGCCGCCUCGACGCUCGUCGCGGGCGCGCUGACCAACAAUGGCAGCAGCGGCAGCAGCAGCGAGCGGGCGAGCACGCAGCUCGUCUACCAGAUUGUGCUGUGCCUGUGGCUGCUCAGCUUCGACGACGACAUCGCCGCCGAGAUCAACGUCAAGUACGGCGUGGUGCCCGUGCUCUACGACGUGGCGCGCAACGCCGUCAAGGAAAAGGUCAUCCGCGUCACGGUGGCCACGCUCAAGAACCUGCUGAGCAAGGCACCCGAGGCCAACGCGUCGGCCAUGCUGGGCAGCAAGCUGCUCCCGUUGAGCGAGAACCUGAUUGCGAGAAAGUGGAGCGACGAGGAGAUCGAAGAGGACCUCUCGUUUAUCCGCGACGACCUCGCCCACCGCCUCAAGGGCAUGAGCACGUUUGACGAGUACCUGUCGGAGCUUUCGUCGGGCAAGCUGACGCACGAGAACCCGGCGCACGAGCUCGACGACUUUUGGCGCGAGAAUGCGCCCAAGUUUGUCGAGCGCGACGGCGAGGUGCUCAAGCAGCUCGUCGAGGUCCUCGAGCAGAGCGACGAGCCCGAGACGCUCGCCGUGGCGUGCAGCGAUGUGGGCAAGUUUGUCCAGUUCUUUGAGCAGGGCAAGAAGCGCGUCACCGAGCUCGGCGCAAAGGCGCGCAUCAUGCAGCUCAUGUCGUCCGACGACAACGAGGUGCGCCUCAAUGCGCUCCACACCGUCAGCAGGCUCGUCAGCGCCAGCUGGCGCUGA